AUGUCAGAUGAGCAUUAUUUGGAUGCACUUUUCCUAAUCUGGGUGGGAUUCUUUUCUUUUCUUUUUUUUCAUGCUGCAGAUUGCUUCUGAUGGUGACGGCCGGCCCCAUCUUGAGAGGGAGAUUAUGUCUUGAGAGCUCAGUGUGUGUUUGUUGUCACCAUGUCUAUGAACACAUCCAAGCAGCCACCUUCUCCUGCUGCAGGGGUCCUUUCCAAUAGCACAUGCCAAACUGAAAACAGGCUCUCAGUCUUUUUUUCUGUUAUCUUUAUGACAGUAGGAAUCAUCUCCAAUAGCCUGGCCAUUGCCAUUCUGAUGAAGGCAUACCAGCGAUUUAGGCAGAAGUCCAAGGCGUCCUUCUUGCUCUUCGCCAGUGGCCUGGUGAUCACUGACCUUUUUGGCCACCUCAUCAAUGGAGCCAUAGCUGUGUUUGUUUAUGCCUCCAACAUGGAUUGGAUCCGCUUUGAUAAGUCCAAUGUCCUGUGUAGCAUUUUUGGCAUGUGCAUGGUGUUCUUUGGACUGUGCCCCCUUUUCCUGGGCAGUGUGAUGGCCGUAGAGAGGUGCAUCGGAGUCACCAGACCCAUAUUCCACUCCACGAAGAUGACAUCCAAGCACGUGAAGAUGAUGCUGACGGGUGUGUGCCUCUUUGCCAUCUUCAUCGCUAUGCUGCCCAUUCUGGGACUCCGAGCCUAUGAGAUCCAAGCGACCAGGACCUGGUGUUUCUACAAAACUGAGCAUAUCCAAGACUGGGAAGACCGAUUUUAUAUCCUGCUCUUCUCUUGUCUGGGACUGCUGUCCCUAGGCAUUUCGUUCCUGUGCAACGCCAUCACAGGAAUCACACUCUUGAGAGUCAAGUUCCAAAACCAGCAGCACCGACAAGGCAGGUCUCAUCAUUUGGAAAUGAUCAUUCAGGUCUUGGCUAUCAUGUGUGUCUCUUGCAUUUGCUGGAGCCCAUUUCUGGUGACCAUGGCCAGCAUUGGAAUCAAUGGAGAUUCAUUGGAAACCUGUAAGAGGAUCCUUUUUGCUCUCCGCAUGGCCACAUGGAAUCAGAUUCUGGAUCCCUGGGUUUACAUCCUGCUAAGGAGAGCUGUCCUCAAGAACCUCUACAAGGUUGCCCGGCGGUGUUGUGGAGUGCGCGCCAUCAUCAGAAUACACGCCUGGGAGCUCAGCUCCAUUAAGAAUUCAUUAAAGGUGGCAGCCAUUUCGGAAAGCCCCUCUGCUGAGAAAACAAGCUCGCAGCCAGCUGCCUUCACAGGGCAAUGAGCCUGAGGAGUCCCAGUAGAUGAGGGAGGCUGGGGCCAUUACCCUAUUAACUCCAUAAUUGCAGCCUGCAGGCUUGAGGGCAGGGCUCUCUCGGUGGACACCCCGUCUCUAGUCAUUGAAUUAACUGGAUAACUGCAAAUUUCUGUUUUGCUCUAUGUAGACACAACCCAAAGUAUGUGAUGGAGUGACAUGAGGGCCAUAGCCUGAGGCAAAAUUGGUGGUCAACUAUGUUGGUGAUAAAGUGUGUUGCCCAAGGUUGACCAAUGACUCCAAAUGGUCACUUAGAUGCCAUAACUAGAAUAAGCAGGAAGGGAGCUUGGAUGUCACCAUGAUAUAGAUGGAGAAAUUGGCGCCAAGGGAGUCUAUUGGCUUACCUAUGACCACAUGGACAGCAAAUGUGAAAGCUGGUCUGGGAUUCCACAGGGCUCCAGUUUUGGGAAGAUUGUCACCUAGCCAUGAGACCCAUGAGAGACACUCAGGGGGCUGAUCUUGCCAUGUGUUUGUAGUCUGUCUGACCUCUCAGUGAUUGUAGAGGCCAUUGUAGGUGGUCGCAGAACCAUAGAAUUCCAGAGCAGGAAGGGGCCAUCUAUUCUGACCCGAUCCUGAAAAGGAAUCCUAAUAGAGCCUAGCUGGCAAGUGGUCAUUGAACCUUGGUUUAGAGAUCUGCAGGCAGUCCACGGCACUUCUGGUCCAGGCUCUUCAUUCCCCAUUCUGAAGCACAUUUGGGAUACAUAAACACUGUGUGUGUGUGUGUGUGUGUGUGUAGACAGUCUAUAUAUUUCUUAAUGGUCAGUGUCCAAAGCCCCCAGAUGGGACUUAUGGAGAUUUUCAACCUAAGAAGUAGGCAUCAACACUGUAGUCCAGAUCAAAUUCAUUCUGUAGGGCUUUAUGAGGACCAGUGGGUUUCAGAUGUUGUGCUGGCACAAACUAGAACAGUCCUUGCCUUCCAAGGGGUGGACACAACACGUACACAACUGACUGAACCCAAAAUGUAGAUAACAUCUUGUGGGAGACAGCCUUUAUUCUGAGCCCUCACUAACUUAUAUUUCCUGUGAGAGAGCCUCUGGAUCACCAGAGCGGGUUGGCUAGAGCCCUCCAAGGCCACCAUUUGAGUGUGAUCUGUCUACCUGAAGGACAUCACAGUUCCUGGAAGCUAAAAUAGAAAGAGCAUUCCCACUAAUGGCCACCAUCCAGAAUUUCAAUCCUGUCUGUGUAGAGGUCUGCAACAUAAGUGAAUAAUAAUUAUCUUAACUGAAAACAUAGGGAGCUGUGGGUCCACCAUGUUCAUGUGAAGGUCCAGUUGUGUAAACAAACAAACAAAAUCCAAAGUCACAGCUUAUUGAGAACUGGAGUUUAACUCCUUCAUUUUAUAGAUUUUAGUGGGCCAGAGAGGUUCAAUGAUUGUCUGUGUCAAGUGGCAGACCCCAACUUUGGAAGAAUCUUCCCCCUUCUCAACAUUCUCAAGUGGAGGCAGGUGGGUAAGCAUCAGAGUUUCGUGGAAGGUGAUAUUGAGGUGGUCAUGUCUAAGAAGACCAGAUGAUAAUGAUUUGAUGCCAGUUGUAUCAGAGAGUGACCUGGACAUCUGAGCUUUGGGAAUGGUAAAUCAUCCAGGCAAUUUCUCAGACUUGGAUCUUGGAUUUAUGGGCCAAGGCCUAAGACCUUAUGGAGAUUUUCAUGACCAUCCUGAGCCCCCCCACAUAUUCAAUCUCAAAAUCUACCAAUGCAGACCAUGUUGACCCCACUCUGCUUUUGCUGUUUAUUGCUCAUUAGAAUGUAGACUGCUUGAGAGUAGGCACUGUCUUACCUGCCUGCAUUUUUAUUCCUACUGCUCAGCAAGGGGCUCAGCAUGUAGUAAAUGAUUAAUAAAUGUUUGAUCAUUCCUUCAUUUGAAGACACAGAUGGAAGAAAACCUGAAAUGUGAGCUUACUUGUAGGUAGAAAAUUUCUCAUAGUGUAAAUAUGCCCAAUGGAAGUGAAAUGUAACAAACAGCCUUGCCUGGUGUCUGUAUUUCAGUGUGUGGCUGUCCUAGAUUAAACCCCCAGGAGGGCCCGCUUUUGGUAAGAACACAGUUGUCUUGAUGACUUUCUCUGCCACAUCACUGCAGUUUUUUCUUAGGGAACUGGAUGGAAAAGAUGUAAAUAUGUUCCAUAUCCUUGCUUAAUCUGUCAUCUGGUUGUUGUAGUCCAAGUUAACAGCUGCUAAGUGAUGCUAGACUCUUGAAAAUGACCAUCUCUUACUCAAACAUUGAAGCCUGCCUUGGACUCAUGUGAAUGAAUAUAUUUCGUGUUUCCUGUCCUGGGUGAAGUUCACUAGUGAUGUAUAUAUUUGGUUGUGUGUGUUCUAUGUACCAGCAUUGUAAUGAAUGCAACUUUAAUGCUUCAUUAAAGGUAAAAAUUUAUUUAAUGAUA